AUGCACAGAAAUCAUUUCCAGUCCUGUGCCUAUCGAAGCAACCAGUGGCGUUACCGGCGCCGCUGUGAUAGCAUCCAGUUUGUGGUUGAUAAGAGAGUGUUCGUUGCCGACUUUGGCCUCUACGGCUCCAGCUGCGGCUCUGCAGAGUACAGCGCCAAGAUCGAACUCAAGCGGCAGGGUGUCGUUCUGGGGCAGAACUUGAGCAAGUACUUCUCAGACGGCUCCAGCAACACCUUCCCUGUGUGGUUCAAGUACCCGGUGCAGAUUGAGCCAGACACCUUCUACACAGCCAGCAUGAUACUGGACGGCAAUGAACUCAGCUACUUCGGACAGGAAGGCAUGACGGAAGUUCAGUGUGGCAAGGUGACUGUCCAGUUCCAAUGCUCCUCAGAUAGCACCAAUGGCACUGGGGUGCAGGGCGGGAAGAUCCCUGAACUCAUAUUCUAUGCUUGAAAACCCCUCCUGAAGCGGUGUGAGCUCUGAGGUGCACAUCUGGUUCCCACUGGCUUGAUGCUUAGCUCAUCUGCAGAGAUGUGAUCAGCGCAGGUAAUUUGUAAUGAGUGAAGCUAUAGGCAGUUUCUCAUUUCUUUCAGCCUUUUAAUUAUGUACAGGCAAAAAUGCAGCAUUCAGCUUCUAACUAUAUGCUUAAAAGAGCCAAGUUCUUAUCAAGGCUUUGUGGUUUUUAGAGUUAACGUCUAUACACCUGGAGAGAAUUUGUGCUCUUUUCCAACUGCCCCACUGACCUCCCAGUUUUGUCCCUCUUAAAACUUUCUAGAUCACCUUGAAUUUCCUUUAGGGUUUUAUUUUGACAAAUAGAAAUAAAGACUUUUAAA